UCUCCCCUAGUUUGUGAGUCUGACUAAUCUUUGUUUCGGGGGUGUGCGCGUGUCCAUCUAUCAAACUACAACUACCUCCUUCCCAUUUAUCUACCCCCCACACCCUUCAAUGCUGGCUGCUCUUCUUCCAUUUAUAAAUCCAACUCGAUCCUUUCUCCCUCUCUUGUCUUCCUUUCUACCCUUUCUUUCCCUAACUUUACAAAAUCACAACACACACAAAUCUUCUUUUUAACAUUUAUCAUCGUAUCUGAAACUACCAACUAUCGAUGGCCCCUUCAUUCGACACAAGUACUCACACGGUAUGCGUGAUGGAUGCUUCGGGUCACUUGGGCUUCAGCCUUGUCCAAAGACUCCUCCAAAGGGGAUACACUGUUCAUGCCUCCGUUCAAAAAUAUGGGGAAGAAAACCUAUUCACUGGAAUUUCAUCCGAUCCCGAUAAGCUUAAGGUUUUUCGAUCUGACCCAUUUGAUUACCAUAGCAUAAUCGAUGCUCUCCGAGGUUGCUCUGGUUUGUUCUACACAUUCGAACCUCCCUUUGAUCAACCAAAUUAUGAUGAAUACAUGGCAGACGUGGAAGUAAGAGCAGCGCACAACGUGUUGGAAGCAUGUGCUCAGACAGAAACUAUGGAUAAAGUGGUUUUCACAUCCUCAGCUACCGCAGUUGUUUGGAGAGAAGAUCGCAAGACCAUGGAACUAGAUCUAGACGAGAGACAUUGGAGUGAUGUUAAUUUCUGUCGCAAAUUCAAGUUAUGGCAUGGGGUGUCAAAGACAAUGGCAGAGAAGAGCGCGUGGGCCUUGGCAAUGGACAGAGGAGUGAACAUGGUGUCCAUCAACGCAGGCUUAAUGAUGGCGCAUGAUCUCUCCAUCAAACACCCUUACCUAAGAGGAGCCGCUGAGAUGUACGAGGAUGGGGUUUUCGUGACCGUCGAUUUGGCUUUCUUGGUGGACGCUCACAUCUGUGUCUACGAGGAUGUCUCAUCCUACGGUCGUUAUUUGUGCUUCAAUCACAUCAUAAACACCCAUGAGGACGCUGUUCAGCUCGCCCGCAAGUUGACGCCUGGUGCAUCUUCCUCCUUGCCGCAAAGUGAUGACUAUGGGAAGAGUUUUAUCGAACAGAGAAUUAGCAACAAGAAGUUGAACAAAUUGAUGGUGGACUUCGAGGCAUAAUCGACUUCCAUGGUCAUCCUUUUGGACGGUGAUUAGAGCAAUCACCUUGGCUGUCUUUCUGCGGGAAAGUAUUUGUGUACAAAAUGUAGAAAAAUUUGUACCUAUACCCCCAUAUUAGUAUUAUACAUUACAAAUCAAUGUAUUUUAAAUCAAAUAAUCAUUUCAUUAUUUAUUUCAAUAUUAGAUAAUGCAGAAUAAUUGUCUAUUUUUAAA